UGGUUCUGUUCUUAUCUUCUCUCUACCACUUUCCUCCUCUGAAUAUUUAAAAGACAGAAAAUAGAUUUAUUCUGAGCUCUCAUCGUUUGACCUUAAAGCUCCUCCUCCAUUGCAUGUUUCCCACAUUCUUUCCCGGGAAAACUCAAAGGAGAAAACCCCUUUGAUUUCUCCGAUUGAUUAUCAAUUUUGGAUUAAGAGGAUGAUGACGAGCAUGGAAGGGAUGGUGGAGAAAGGGGUGUUGGAUGAUAUCAUCAGGAGAUUGUUGGAAGGUAGAGGAGGCAAACAGGUUCAGCUAUCGGAGAGCGAGAUUCGUCAACUCUGCUUCAACGCACGUCAAAUCUUCCUCUCUCAACCCAAUCUCCUCGAGCUCCAUGCCCCUAUUCGCAUCUGCGGUGAUAUACAUGGCCAGUAUCAAGAUCUUCUGAGGCUAUUCGAGUACGGAGGCUACCCUCCUUCAGCCAACUUUCUCUUCCUCGGCGACUACGUUGACAGAGGCAAGCAAAGUCUCGAGACCAUUUGUCUCCUUCUCGCUUACAAGAUUCGUUACCCGUCAAAGAUUUAUCUCUUGAGAGGCAACCACGAGGACGCUAAGAUCAACAGGAUAUACGGAUUCUACGACGAAUGCAAACGGAGAUUCAACGUGCGCCUCUGGAAGAUAUUUACUGAUUGUUUCAACUGUUUGCCCGUAUCUGCACUCAUCGACGACAAGAUCUUGUGUAUGCACGGUGGCUUGUCACCGGAGCUGGACAAUUUGAAUCAGAUUCGAGAGAUUCAGAGGCCUACGGAGAUUCCAGACAGUGGUCUUCUUUGUGAUUUGCUUUGGUCUGAUCCUGAUCAGAAGAUUGAAGGGUGGGCUGAUAGUGACCGAGGCAUCUCUUGUACUUUUGGAGCUGAUAAAGUCGCUGAGUUUUUGGAUAAGAAUGAUCUUGACCUCAUUUGCCGUGGCCAUCAGGUAGUGGAAGAUGGUUACGAGUUCUUCGCAAAAAGGAGAUUAGUUACGAUAUUCUCAGCUCCGAACUAUGGUGGAGAGUUUGACAACGCUGGUGCAUUACUGAGUGUGGACGAGUCUCUUGUUUGCUCUUUCGAGAUUAUGAAACCAGCCACAGCUUCUAGCAGCGGACAUCCUCUCAAGAAGGUGCCGAAAAUGGGGAAGUCUUAGUCUUCACUCUCAAGAUAACGAUUCCAUAGCUCAAGCAAGGCUCCACAUACGGACUUCCACUAUGGUUUGAAUGCAGUGAAGAACCCCAAAGGGUCCUUAAAUCAUCACCAAACAACUUCUGUAUAAAAAAAAAAAGAGUGAAAGCAAAAAACACACUUCGUUUUCUGUCUUCUGCCUCUGGAGAUUUGUCUUUUAGUUUUAAGUUAGAGUGUAUCUCGUAGAUUUUUAGUUCUUGCUUGUUACUUUUUCUUGUUCUACAAACCCCUUUGCAUAUCAUCAAUGUACAACGUUUUCUUCCA